CAGACAUGCAGAGAUGCACACAACUACACACACACACACAAGCACACACACUUGAGCACGCACACUCAGACAUACUGCAAACUCUCAACAGGAAACUCUGAGCCAUAAUGCGAAGGCAUCUCAGAGCAGACGGGUGCAUUGCUCAAACCAAGUGGGAUACGGUGCGGCUUUGAUAGUGCGUUAAUUACUCAUGUGAUGUGAUACAGAUGUCUGGGGGCUUCAGCCGAAAGUUUGCCUGACAGUUUCCAAGGGGGCCAGGCAGACAUUUUAGAAGCGUGAUAUCUUGGGACAGUAUUUCAAUCAGUGAAAUCAAAUCACUGAAUGUGCUUCAUAAUGGGCACCCCAGCUGUGCAUAUGUUGGUGCUAAUGGCCUGUAUGGCAGCCAGAGGAAUGUGCCAGAUAAACAGAGCUGAAGCGGAGAAGGACCCAGGCUUUCUCAUCCACUCCACGAGCCAGUAUCCAUUUUUCUACAGCACCAGCAGUCCAAGCAUGGGGCCCGGCCUCCACCUGGGGGCCCAAGGGGCUGAUGCACAGGCUGCAGGAUCUGGCUCUGAAAAUGAAACUGUUGUAAAGAGGCCAGUACAACUUCCAAUGUGCUCCCAAAAUACUUAUAUUAAUGAAUAUUUUAAGUACAUCAACACCACAAUUUCCAUUUUCGUGUUUGUGGUCGGCCUGGUCGGCAACGCCACCCUGCUGAGGAUUAUAUACCGGAAUAAGUGCAUGAGGAAUGGGCCAAAUGCCCUGAUUUCCAGCCUGGCACUGGGUGACCUUAUCUACAUUAUCGUUGAUAUACCCAUCACUGUAUACAAGCUGCUGACAUCCCAAUGGCCUUUCACUGACAAUGUCUUCGGCCUGUAUCUGUGUAAGCUGGUGCCCUUCCUGCAGAAAGCCUCCGUGGGCAUCACUGUUCUCAACCUGUGCGCCCUCAGCGUGGACAGGUACAGGGCCGUGGCGUCCUGGAGCAGAGUGCAGGGGGUGGGCAUUCCUCUGUUCACAGUCAUCGAAAUCGUGUCUAUUUGGGUGCUGUCACUCAUUCUGGCAGUACCAGAGGCUGUUGGCUUCAACAUCGUCACCUUCAACUACAGGAAUGUAACCUUGCGCACCUGCAUGCUUGAACCCAAAAGUGACUUCAUGAUGUUCUACAGGGAUGCAAAGGACUGGUGGCUGUUUGGCUUCUACUUUUGUGUACCACUGGCCUGCACUGGUGUCUUUUAUACUCUGAUGACCAGCGAGAUGCUCAACCACAGGAACGGCAGCCUUCGGAUAGCUCUCAGUGAGCACCUCAAACAGAGGAGGGAGGUAGCCAAAGCCGUCUUCUGCCUUGUCCUCAUUUUUGCCCUCUGCUGGUUCCCACUGCACCUCGGCAGGAUCCUUAAGAAGAUGGUUUACUUCGAGAAGGACAGGAGGCGCUGUGAGCUGCUCAGUUUCCUGUUGGUCAUGGAUUACGUUGGUAUCAACCUUGCAACAGUCAACUCCUGCAUAAACCCCAUUAUCCUCUACUUCGUCAGCAAGAAGUUCAAAAACUGCUUUAAGUCAUGUUUGUGCUGCUGGUGCUACUCUGACAACCAACUGAGCAGCAUCGGACCCAUGAAUGGUACCAGUAUCCAAUGUAAAAGCCCCGAGCCCAACAACCUUUACACUGACCGCAGCAUCAGGAAAGACAGCAACUGACCGCUCACCUGAGGACUAUUUUCAGUGUUUUCAAUAUCCCCAGCAAGCUUAUAUAUACAGUACAUCAAAAAGUACUUUUUCAGACAAUAAAUUCACAUCCUAAGGACCACUGACGCAACAUAUGAGCCUGUCAGGGAUGCAUUAGGAACUGGAGUUAAAAGGAACAAACAGUGGAUAUUAUGUACAAUGCUCUGAGGUUGCCUGAGCCUCUCAGUGGGCUAGACUAGGACAAACUUCUUGCAUUCCCACCCCCGCGGACAGUGACGCUGGACCCUGAGAGAAGAAGGGGCGUGCAGGAUGGGGAGGAGAAUGGUUCUUUACCAGGAUGGAGCUGAAUGGUGUCUAUAGAUUUUAGUUUUUAUGUAAAUUUUUGGAUGGAUGGAGCCACAAAACACAGGACGUUGACACGGGAGUCCACUGUUCGUUUCCCGUGUGGAACCAAUCAGUCAGUGUUGUUUCUUUUAUCCAUGGUCGUUCUGCAACCUUAACCCGACGUGUUUAUCAUUGUAACCAUGAGGACAAAGGUCCUCUAACCAUAAGGAAAUACUUAUUCUAAGCCAAACCAUGAUCCUUUCCUAAAUCUAACCGAGUCAUUUUUGUGCCUAAACCUAACCAGACCUUGAUCGAUCCAUAAGCUUAACUGCAUGUUUAUUAUUGUGACCGUGAAGAUGAAGCUCCAUCAAGCUUGCUGUUGUAGGGACGUUGUUUCAGGAGACCCUCUUAUGGGUCGUAUCAGAGGGCAGGGACAAACUACCCAAAUGAUUGUUUUCAGGUUGGAGGAUUCGUUGGAAUCAUGUCCAGUGUCAGAAUAUGCCAAAAUACACUGGCACAAAAUCAAGUACAGGAUUGUAGGUUUUAGAGCAGAUAAGGUACAACUCUGUAUUUUUAAUAGCUCAAGUCAAGCAAAUGAUAAAUAUGAAGUAAUGCAUUAUGACAGGUGUGGUAUGACACCAUUCAUCAAAAUUGGACAGGAAUGAGCUUUUUUCUACAACACUGUGAAUUCUACUACACAUAAUCAACAAUACUUAUGCAUGUAUAACCAAUGGAAUAUAUAUGUAUUGUGUCCACUUUUAUAAAGUGUUACAUUGCAGUAAUAAAAGUAUUUUACUCAGACUACAUUACCUGUGUAAUAACAGAGGUAAUGGAGUUUAUAUGGUGGUGGUAAACACUCCUAAUGUUAAAGGAAUAGUUUGACUUUUUGGAAAAUACGAUUAGUAGCUUUUUUGCCAAGUGCUAAAUGAGAAGACACCACUCUCGUGUCUGUGCUAACGACAGCAGCCAGUUAGCUUAGCUUAGCAUAAAGACUGAUAACGGAGGGAAACUUCCGGCCCGGCUCUGUCCAAAAGGUAACAAAUUGAGCCUCCGUGUUGUAUCUCGUUUAUUGUUUCCAUAAAAAAACCUCAGUGUAAAAAGUUUUGAAAUUCAGCACUUACAUUACAGUGACUAAUCUUAGUAAUGCUUUGUGACUUUGACAUUUCAAGGUCAAUUUGUUUGCUGUCUGAGUUUAAUGGAUGAGGAUUGAUCCGGUUGGUCUCCCUUCAGUGGUCUGGGAUGUGUUAGCCUGGUGCAGGGGCUGGAGAUGCAUGGAGGGUUCUACCAAAAGAGGAGAAAUGCGACUUCCGGUAACUUCAAAUUUGUUUCAUUUACUGUAAGUGUUGUGCCUUCUUGGCUGGCCUGCUAACAUUAGCCAGUGGUAAACUAGGUUUUUUUAAGAGCUGAAGGGUGCGUGAACCCCGCAACUUCACCGUGAGGGCGAGACUGACCACUGACCACAGUUUGUGGUAAUUUCUACAAGUACGAGUACAGCAUAUGAGACGUGUGGGUGUGUAGGCCUGGGAUUCAUUUAAAGACACUUUUGACAAAGCUAACAGCUGAGUAUUUCACAUUUUUGUCAGCGAAAUAAUGUAAUUACGUUUCCAUGUAGUACUAUGUAAUGAGUAAUCGAUUACAUUUUAAAGUAACUUGCCUAUCACUAUUUACGGGGGAUUACGUACUGGACUAAUUCUUGGCUGGGCGCAGCGACUUCCUGGGUGAGCUAAAGCAAGCUAAGCUAACUGGCUGCUGGCUAUAGCUUUAACUUAUAGAAAUGAGAGUGAUAUCAAUCUUCUCAACUACCUCUGGGCAAGAAAGUAACUACAUGUAUUUGUCAAAAUUAUUUUAAGUAUUCUUUUUAUGUGGAAAUCAUAUUCAGCCACCAAAUAACUAUACUGCCUUAUACUGUUUGAUAUGUGAAUACAUGUAAACCUGUGUGUGUUUGAAUGUGUCUUAGCAUGUGUGUGUGUAUGUGUUAGGGUGUGUGUGUAUGUGUGUGUGUGUGUGUGUGUGUGUGUGUGUGUGUGUGUGUGUGCUGUGCGUAUAAUUACUUGCACUUCUUUAGUUGGGGUGUUUUGCACACUUGUGUACAGAAGACCAAGUGAUAUCUGUACAGUAUUAUUUUACCACUAGUCAUCAAACAUAUAUAUAUACAUAUAUAUAUAAUAAUCUGUAGAAAAUGGAAUUGGUAUGUGUUUGUUGUCAUUGAUUUGACAUGUUAACCUCAUGUUAGUGCUGCUGCCUAUAACAAUAAAUCAAUUUCCAUCUCCAGUGUAAGGAACAAAGAUGUUUUUUUCACCAACAUACUAAUAUUGGUUUCUCCGGGAAGUCAAUGGGGUCUCCUCUGUUUUUCAUCUGCGUCUGUGAGAAAGAGGCGUCUGGGAGUGAUUUGAAGCACAUUGUGACCCGCUUGGCAACUGAGCCCUUAGGGUUGCUAAUGUCAGCAGAGAGGAUGUGAACGGCUCGGACGGUGGGAAUUUGAUACAUCUAACUCACUUCUCAUCUUUGCUGCCAAAAGAGGAUCGAGGGAACAAGAGUUUGACAUUACUUAUCUGUGUUUUAAUCAUAUCUUAGCCUUGAUGUGGCAGGAUUGUAUAUCUUUUAUUUAUAUACAAGGUUGUGAUGGUCAUAAAUUUUAAGAAAUUAUUAAGAAAAUGGAAUAGUAUUGAUGCAAAUGGCACUUGGUUCAAUUCAACACAAACAUAUUUCACAUACUGUUUCUUUAAUGGAACAAGCUUUUUUACAUUUUUUUUUUACACAAUCUAUCUCAAAGAGACAAUUACCGGGGUUGUGUAAUCCCAUACACAAAGCUGAAAAACACCCAAGACCAACAGAACACUGUAGUACCCAUUGCUUUAUCAGACUUGAGCCUGUUAUUUGUUUCAGCUGGUUGGUGAUUAAUCUCAGCCAGGUCAUAAAUUUUAUGAAACUGUUCCAUAUUACUCUUAUGAAAUCAUGUCACGACCAGGCUCCAGCAACUCUGGAGACCCUCUGAAUUGCUCAAGACUUUGGCUGGUAAGAUAUAACAUUUCACCAUUUACUGACUGAGGAUGAACACAGAACAAAAACAUAAUAUCAGGAUGAAACAUACUGAAACGCAUUUAUGCUUUUUUGGGAAGUGAAAGAGAGAAAUCAGAGUGUUUGAGAGGGAGUGAGAGAGAGUGAAACAGAGUGGUUUUAUUUCAGUGAGAUGUCUUGGGAACCUUGUUUCUUGCCAGCAGUGAAUUGAAUAAAUCUCAAAAACAAAUAUGACAGGAUCUCAUAGGCCCAAAGUGCUUCUCCAUGCAGAGCUUAUUCAUAUUUGGUUAUUGAUACCAUAAAUAUGUUGAAGACCAAGUGUGUCACAAGAUUUCCUAUUAAUAUGCUGUUGUCAUCA